CAGGCCAUUAUUUAGCUUGCUUUUGAUGAAAGCCUUUAUAUUGCCAUGCACUUUUAAAAAUUCAGUCCCAAAUCAAACAAACCAUUGGUUAAUAACUCCCUCUCUCUCAAUCUAAGUACGAAUCUAUCUAUUUUGUGUUAAAAGAAGAGUUCUUUUAAGAAAGAGAGGAGAUCUGUUGUGAACGAUUCUUGAUUUCUUUCUGACCCAAUCUCUGCAAUCCCUCAGUUUCUUGGGCUUUGCAAUUUUUCUUGGAUGAAAAGAAAUCCCACUUUUCUUUUUUUCUCAGAAAAAAUAAAUAUACUAAAAAACAGCUCACUUUUGCAGUAGGUUUUUGGCCUUUUAUUCCUUGUUGUCUUGUUUUCACAGAAUGGUGGUGGGGUUUUAGUAAGAAUUCUUGCAAGAAUUAGUAGAAUUUUUAGAGAGAGAGAAAUAGUGUUUUUGUUGGUUUUUCUGAUUAUUAUAAACUGUUCAGGAAGAAAGGGUAACCAGUGAUUUCCUACAUAUGGUUGUUGUGAUCAGUAAAGAUCAAACCUUUACUUUAUUUUAGGCUGUUUAUCAUUUGCUUCCCUCUAAAAGUAAUUUUUAGUUUCUUGCAUUAUUGUUUUUUGCUUGCAAUCAAUCAAUCCACUGAAGGGGAAACUGCAUUUCACCUGAGAUCUUUUCUUCAUUGCAAAACACUACUUGUUUGAGGAUAAUAAGGGUUAAGGGUUGGGUUUCAAUAUGCAAUCUAACGCUGCAACGGGGCCACAUGGCCCCGUUGCAGACGGGAGCUCGUUGGCCUCGGGCUUGAUCUCCCUGAGUUACACUGAUUUAGUGGACCGGCAUAUUCAAAACAAUAUCAUGGCGGGAAUUCCCCUGCCCCCGGUCUUUGGGGAGGAACCGAUCACAUUAGGCCGCGGCCAAAUGGUGGCGAGCGGUCACGUUGGAGACGAGUUUUGGACUCCCGGGAAGUACAUUGAGGGGAUUAGUAGCAAUCCUAGUGCUUGUGUGAACCCGAUGUUUGAGGCCGGAUUUGGAGGCCUUCCGUAUGAUGCUAGCAUGAGAUGGGGCUUCAACGGAGGCGUGGAUAGCCCCGAGCUUCAAGAAAGCUCGGUCAUGAUGAACGAGUGGAUGCUGAAGGAGCACGAGAGGUUGAGCACGAUGGACCCCAACAAGGAGCUGUCAUUGAGCAUUGCUACACGUCGUGUAGGAGGGGGUUCUGAGCUAAGCUCAUCGGGCGUCAGCAGCUACACGUCGUUGGACAGGAGGCGCGUUGGAUCAGACAACGCGUCGUGCAGCAGCAGCAGCAGCCUCGCGUUGAACGGAUCCAGUUUCUUCCUGGCACUGCAGGAGAUACUUGCUGAGUUCGCCUGCUACGCCCUCGAGAGCAGCCAGGGAGCGACGUUCCCUGGCUGCUCGGGUGGGCUUGAGACGGAGCUCUCCGUCUCAAGCAGUACCAACAGCAACAACGAGUCCAAGAAAAAGCAUCUCAUGUCUUUACUACAACUGGUGGACAAUCAAUACAGCCAAUGCCUAGACGAAAUCCACACCGUCGUCUCUGCAUUUCGUGCUGUGACCGAGCUGGACCCGAACCUACACGCCCGGUUUGCCCUCCCCACGGUCUCUGCCAUGUACAGAGACCUCCGGGGGAGGAUCAGCAGCCACAUCUUGGCAAUGGGAGCAGCACGGCACGACGAGGGAGAGACCAGAGAGGACAGGUCGUUCGAGGCAUCCUUCGUAGAGAAGCAGUGGGCAAUCCAGCAGAUCAAGAAGAGGGAUCACCAGCUUUGGAGGCCUCAGAGAGGCCUCCCCGAGAGAUCCGUAUCCGUGCUCAGGGCAUGGAUGUUCCAGAACUUUCUACACCCGUAUCCGAAAGAUGCAGAGAAGCACUUGCUAGCAUUGAACAGUGGGCUUACAAGGAGUCAGGUCUCGAAUUGGUUUAUAAAUGCACGCGUUCGACUCUGGAAGCCGAUGAUAGAGGAAAUGUAUGCAGAGAUGAACAAAAGGAAAUCUCCAAGAAACCAAGAAGAUACCAAUGGCAUCCAUAGGAAUCUUCUGCGAUUCGAGAGCAGAAGAUUCACAGUGGAUUGAUGAUGUCUAUGACGACGAUGAAGAUGAAGACGAAGAAGAUAGGUAUGCCAAUACUGCAAAUGCCAUCAAGAUUUUAAGCAUUUUUACAUCCAAAUCGUACAUGUUCAAGCUUUGAGCAUUGGGAUCCAUUUUCUUGGUAUGUAAGAACUAUGUUGUGGAAUCUUGAAUACUGGAGUAAUAUUCAUUUCUUGACAAGAUGGUGUAAUUCAA